CGGUCGGUCGCGUUCCGCUCGCUAAAUAUAAAGCACGUGGCCCAGUGCUUCAGUUAUUCCGCUAUAACCUAUAACCCGUUGCUCGGCAGCCGGCGCUGGCUGAUACACAGAGGCACAGACAAGGGGAGAUUAUCGCUAUCAGUGACUAGCUACACAUCAAAAUGGUGAAUGAAGCAAAUGGCAAUGCGCCUGCGCAGCAGGAACUGGAGACAUUCCUGUCCCAGGAUGAGAAGAAAAAGGAGAAAGUCGUCAACAAAUACAACAUGACGAAAGAUGUGGAGUCGGCCGAUUUCGAUCCGUUCGCCGAACGAAAGUUGGAGAAUCCUACUUCAAACAUGGACACCCUGACGCAUCUGCUGAAGGCGUCCCUCGGUACCGGUAUUCUGGCCAUGCCCAAAGCAUUCAAGUGCGCUGGGCUCGUCUCCGGCAUUUUCUUCACAAUGCUGGUCGCUCUCAUCUGCACUCACUGCUCCUACAUUCUCAUCAAAUGCGCCCACGUGCUUUACAAGAAGACCAAAAGAACGCAGAUGACAUUCCCUGAAGUGGGACAAGCUGCCUUAGAGAAUGGACCACAAGCACUGCGAGCGUGGGGAAAUAUUUUCAGAAUUUUCAUCCUGGUCAGUCUUUUCCUGACUUAUUUCGGUACCUGCUCAGUGUACACUGUGAUCGUCGCCAAGAAUAUUGUCCAGGUUGUAGCUCACUACAUGAACCAAAAGGAGGAAGAUGUAGAAAUUAGAAUUUUCAUCAUCGCUCUUCUACUGCCCCUCAUCUUCAUGGCCUGGAUCCGCAACCUCAAAUACUUGGCGCCAGUUUCCAUGAUCGCCAACGUGUUCAUGGGACUUGGUCUUGGAAUCACUUUCUACUACCUCGUUGGAACUGGCAAACUUAUGACUGACAACAUUAGGUCGAUGCUCUUUAAAGCGCCAGUAGAAUGGCCUGAAUUCUUUUCGCUGAGUAUAUUUGCCAUGGAAGCCAUCGGCGUUGUUAUGCCCCUGGAAAACGCCAUGAAGACCCCUCGCUCCAUGCUCGGCACCUGUGGUGUCCUGAACAAAGGCAUGAGCGGUGUCACCCUCGUGUACAUCCUUCUUGGUUUCCUCGGUUACCUUCGUUACGGAGAGGACGUCAAAGACUCCAUUACCCUGAACUUGGAAAGCGCUGAAAUUCCUGCCCAAAUCGUCAAGAUCUCCAUCGCAAUCGCUGUAUACUGCACAUACGGACUGCAGUUCUUUGUGUGCGUCGAAAUCAUGUGGAACAGCAUCAAGGACAAGUUCACGAAGAGACCCGACCUUGCUGACUACAUCAUGAGGACCAUCAUGGUGACAGCCUGCGUGCUGCUAGCUGUUGCUGUGCCCACCAUUGGACCGUUCAUGGGCGUCAUUGGUGCCUUCUGCUUCUCGAUACUCGGUCUCAUUGCACCCGCCUUCAUUGAAGUCAUCACCUACUGGGACAUCGGCUUUGGUCCUGGCAAAUAUCUCAUCUGGAAGAACGUAGUUGUUCUCAUCUUUGGUUUGUUCGCUCUCAUUUUCGGUACUAAAGAUGCCAUUAAAGAAAUUAUACGCGUGUACAGUAUAUAAGGCAACACUUUAGUGCACAGCCUUCUAUUCAAAGAUUCUGUGUUAAUGUGUGAUAGAUAUUAGCGUACAGCUUAGUAUUUAGUAUAGAUUAUUUUUACCAGUUUUGCGCGUGACACUUUGGGAGUUCAAAUAGUCCAGGUGUCUAGGUCGUAGCCGAUGUUAUUUUGUUUCGUCACCCUGGCACUUGUCAACUAUUUCGACCAAUAGUCUCCUGUGAAACGGACCUGAAUUCUGUUGUAUUGGUAACCGCGACUCACGCUGCUAAACAUAUGGUGCUACUUAUUGCAUGAAGUCAAUAUUUGCUCCACGUCAUGCAUGAAUUCGAAAUAGUUACUAUAUGUAUACUAGAG